CCUCCAUCCCCUGCAACACCAAAAAACGCGUCAGAGCGAUCUUGGUUUCUAUUCAGGCGCGUCGCUGUGAUUGACCUUUCAACAUUCACAAUUCACAGAAAUCUCUACAGCCCCAAUACAGCUGCAAUAUCUAACCAAAAGACUUGGCCUGUGUGCCUGUUCUUUCCGGCAUCACCCUUUGGUUUUGUGAGCUACUGAACAUCAAGCCUAUCAACUUCAACUCCACUUUCCUGCGAUUCCAGUUACACCAACAACCAACCAGCCUCGAAUGCAGGAGUUUACAGAGCUCGCUCACAGCUGUGGCCCUUGUUGUUGCCAUCAUGGCUAGUUCAACAAGCAGUACAGGCUCCUCUAACCCAUCUACCCCUUUUGGUCUUGCCAACGGAACCCCGAUACCUGAGAAAUUCACAAGAAUACCAAAGGACCAGCAAACCCUCCUAGAUCGUGAGGAUUCAUGGAUCUCGGUCAUGAAACGUCAUCCUCGCCAGGGAACUGUCAACUUGCCACCGAAAGCCCUCGAGAACGUCACAUAUUUACACACCUCCCGCACACUACCGCCUGCUGCCCAGAAGCCGAACACACUUGGCUCCAAUGGAUUAGCUGAGGCAGAACCUGCAGCUUUGACAGCACCAAGUCAUGAACAAGAGAAUGGAAAUCACCCAAGCUCUAACCCUGGAACGCCCAUUAGCUCCUGGUCAGAGUCUCCUCGGAGGUCUCCUUGUACCCCAAGACGACAGCAUGUUACACCAUCACCAGCACCGUCUAUCAGGUCACAGGUUGCCACUGAACGCCCGUCUGGAGCAUCCAAAUUUCCUUCCCAAUCUCCUCCGCCAGACCGCCCGAGCAGCCCUCAGAUAGCGUCUUCGCCGCCCAUACAGUCAGCCCCUAAACGGCACAUUCCGCCUGUUGUUGGAUCCAAGCGUCGCCCGAUCGAGGCUUUUCCCUCAAGCAGCGCCGGUGUGGAAGAGGAGCUGGAAACAGCCAUUCCUGAUGCUCUCCUCGAGGCCACGCCACCUGUCAACCGUAUGGCUGCACGCUUGGCUACGACGUCACAAGCUGUCACAAGCCCACCCUGCGGCCAGGGAAGCAUGGUUCCAUCCACUUAUAAGGACGUUAAGAGCCCCGAAGUUAAGGCGGAAGGUCCCAACAAGAAGCGGCGCAUGAAAUCGAUCAAGUUUGAUUCAAGUCCGCAGGAGCGACCGGCGGAGAGUGGUUUUCCUUCCAAGACUUCUACUCGACCUACGGUGCUACUUUCGGCUUCCCAAGAAGAGUCAUUGCCGACAUCUUCGGCCUCACUAAUCGCUUCCACGCUUCCUAUCACUGAUGCUCGGUCGUCUCUGGUAGCCCAUCGGGUUGCGAGAGAUAUUUCAGGCCUUGGCCGAGCCGUUGCCAACGACGAACAAGUCGGUACCAAUUCGCGUUCUAGCCUAUCAACCCCAAAACCUGCUCACGUAUCUGAAGACGAGGUAAUGACAGGAGCUAGCAAUUUGUCAGGAACGCGUCAGGCUGGGGCAGACGACGGUAGCUUCAACCAAUCGACACAAAAUGCGCGUUGCCAGCAGAUACUCACAUAUCUAGACAGCGAGUGGAACAGAGAGGGUCUUGACUGGCUUCCACCAACGCUGAACCAUUUCCGGUCGACUCUGACAUAUCGCAGCCUUGAGACCUUGCAGAAAAUCACCAGCAUGGCCAUCAAAAAUGGCACCAGGCUUUCACGACUGUGGUCUGAACCUGAUGGUCUUCUCCAUCGUGCAACCCUACACCAAACGAACGGCAAACUCGUAUUUCCCGAGGAACUCGUCCACAUGACAUUUGACCUCUACGGGACGAAGAUUGCAGGAACGACGAGCCAUCGCGCAAGAACGACAGAGGAAGUCUCCAGGGGAUCAUCUCGGCCAGCGAGUCGGCGUGAAAGCCUGACCCAGGCGAGAGUUCCGAAUCCCUCGCCACCCGAGUCACCGGCUGCAGUUCAAGCCGCACAAGAGGCACUAGUCAGUCAGGUUGUUCGCACCCGUCAAAGACGUGUCGAGAGGAUUUCUCAACCGCCACUAGAGGUGACGGGCAAGACCUUUGCGCAGGCUCCUUUGGAGGCUUUCCGUAGCGCAUACCCCUCCUAUUCUGGGAGCAUUGACGACUUUGUAAAAGCAUGUCUAGCCAUCAAAGACCUACGCCGAAAACUUCUGCUUCCCAAGUGGCUCUACGAUGAUUUCAUCCGAGCUUUUGUGGAUGGCUUCGUCCCUUACAUCGAAACUCUGGACGACGACGAGCCCCCACUUUCGGCCUAUCAGUGGUACGUUGAGCAUGUCGACCGGCCGACAUUUGAAGGCGGCAUUGUGACGCGGGAGAACCUCCACCAAGUCUUCAAGGUGUACCACAGCGAAUUCAAAUCCGCAAAAGAGUCUGUUUUGGGAAAAACAUCUCCGAAUCUGGGAGCCGGACAGAUGCCUUCCUUCGACAAGGCCGAGCUGCAACUUGAGAAGUGUCCUCAAGCGACAGUUGCCCAGACGAUUGAGCCCACAGAGGCUCGACCAGAAAAUCAUGAGGCGAGAAGAACAUCCGCCGCUCUCUCCCUUUUGCCAAAUCAGUCUUCGUCUGUCACUGCUCAAGAGGCAAACAAGGGACCUGCAACUGGACGACAUGCCAGCAUCAAAGUCAAAGACCGCGGCCUUAUGUCUAUGGUAUCGCGUACUACCCUCACUGGAGGGGACAAGGGCAAACGAUUGCCAGUCAAAGAGCACCCAAUCUUGUGGGACGCUCCAGCAUCAGCUCCGGCCAUCCAGCGUCACAGGAACGCUCUCCCGAGGGACGGAGACAUCACCUUCGUUCCCAGUACCCCGCGACCUCGGACGGCGAACUCAAACGACGCCAGUUCCUUCAAGAACAACGACCAAACCCACGACGAUCGCUUUCUCGGCACUAUACCGACCACGCAGACAACCGUUCGUAAACCAAUGCUGCCGGAGUGGAAGGAUGCCAUUCCUGCGAGACUUGAUAGGAACGACAUCGUCGCAGAAACGCCUACUCGGGGCUCGGCAGCUCCUGUCAAGACCCCGACUCAGCACCCCGCGGUGCGCCGAAGCCUGCCCAUCUCAUUCACCCCCACCACACCCUCGGCCUCCUUGCCGAGCGCGGAAUCGCUGCGGGGUGGCACGCCGAAAAGCACGCUUUCGGACAACCGUAUCAAAAAGCCCAAGAACGAAACGGAGGAGGAGAGAAAGAAGCGGAAAAUGAGGGCCAAGCUUGAGAAGAUGGCCAAGGAGGGGCGCCUGGCGCCGCCGCCCAGUUCCAUGGCUCCCAAGUCGUAGAGGCUUGAUUGGGGAGACAACCAUGCCACUUUGCCUUC